GAUGGGAAAGGUCAGAAUAGGAUAAAACAAUCAGGGGGUGAGGACAGAGCUCUUGGUGUUGGCUUCAAGAUGGUGUAUUUCUACCACUAUAUGAUGAUUGACACGGGGGUUGAAAGUGGUGUUGUGGUGUAUGCGCAUGUCCAAAGGCAAAGGGCUGAGGUGCAUCAGUUCAACACAUGGGAAGGCUAUGUAGAUUGGAGGAACAGGCCAGCUCUGAAAGGCCGUCACGGUGGUAUGCUGGCUGCCUCCUAUGUCCUCGGUCAGUAA